CUCUCUCGAAAUGCGUCUUUUUCUCCUUCGUCUAUCUUCUUUCCCAAUUUCUGCAAUUCUGGAGACGCUAAAGGUCUCAAUCCCAGUUUAAAAAAAAGACAAAGCUCUCGCCUUAUCAACUAUCACUGAAUAGAAGAAGAAGAAGAGGAAGAGAGAGAAGAAGAUGCUGUUUCAGGUGGGAGGUGAAGGCACACGCCCUACCUUCUUUGAGAUGGCUGCGGCUCAGCAACUUCCGGCUAGCCUUCGCGCCGCUCUCACAUAUUCCCUCGGCGUUUUUGCCUUGAGACGAUCGUUUCUCCAUAAAAUCUUAGACUACGAGGAUGAAUUCUUUGCUGCUCUGAUGCUUAUUCUUGAAGGGCAUAGCGUAAGAACUACAGAUGCUUCGUUUGCUGAAUCAUUGUAUGGCUUGAGGAGGAAAUCAGUGAGAUUAAGACUGAGGAAAGAUUCCAGCGAAGAAGUUCAACAUUCCGGUUUGGAGAAACGCCAGAGAAUCCUUUCUGUUGUGUUCCUGGUAGUGUUACCGUAUUUCAAGUCAAAGCUGCAUGCAAUCUAUAACAAGGAAAGGGAAGCCAGGCUCCGGGAAAGUUUAUGGGGAACAGAGGAUCAAGGAUUUGAUGAAGCUGACUUCUUCACAGGGGAGGAACCAAUUGUUUCAAGAGAGACCAGUGGGAGUCAAGAGCUUUCUGUUCGAGUACAAUUAGCUACGAAAAUCAAAAAGCUUAUAGCUGUCUGCUAUCCUUGGAUACAUGCAUCCAGUGAAGGAUUAUCAUUCACUUACCAGCUCUUAUAUCUGCUGGACGCUACUGGAUUUUAUUCACUUGGGCUUCAAGCUCUCGGUAUUCAAGUUUGUCGAGCUACAGGUCAAGAACUGAUGGAUACGUCAUCAAGAAUUUCGAAGAUACGGAACCAUGAGCGCGAGAGACUUCGUGGUCCUCCAUGGUUAAAAAAAAUGCAAGGGGCACUUCUUAGCUGUUCAUAUGCGGUGCUUGACUACGCCCAAACCGGUUUAAUUGCAGCAGUUUUUAUCUUUAAAAUGAUGGAAUGGUGGUAUCAAUCAGCUGAGGAGAGAUUGACGGCUCCGACGGUGUACCCUCCACCUCCACCUCCUCCAGCCCCAAAGGUGGCCAAAGAAGGAAUCCCUCUACCUCCCGACAGUUCCCUCUGCGCGUUAUGCUUGCAAAAACGUGCAAACCCAUCAGUUGUCACAGCCUCUGGAUUUGUUUUCUGCUAUUCUUGUGUCUUUAAGUAUGUUUCAAAGUACAAGCGGUGUCCGGUGACAUUGAUUCCGGCCAGCGUGGAUCAGAUUAGGAGGCUGUUUCACGACACUUAGGAACAAUCUGUUUUUAAUGGUUUUAAGCCAAGCAAUGAUGAGUUGUGUCACCAUUCUCACUGGCAAGAUGGUGCAAACAGAGUCUGAGCCGGAAUUGCUAAAAGACUGCCAAAGUACAUCAAGAAAGCUAUGUUAAUCGUACCCAAAGCUGAAUUUGAUGAAGAGGAAGAAAGCAGACAGAUGUUAUUCAUUUCCUGUCUUAGUUUCAAUUUUAAAAGGGAAUUGUAUAUUGCACAAUGCGGAUGAAAAAUAUACUGAUUAUUCAUUAUCAGCUUCCAUAUCUCUAGCUACUGAGAGAGCAUUUGAAAUCUGAAUGCGACCCAUUUGCAACAUAAUUGUUCCAUACAGACUUUCCAGCAUAUUCAUUUUGAUUCUGGAUUCCUUCC